AAGGAGAUGGAAAUGCAAGCUGGCCUAUGGUUUUAUGUGUGUCUAAUAUAUUUGAAGAUCCUGACGUUCAAACAACGAUUCCAUUAGGAAAAAAAGCUGAAACAUGUAAAAUUAAAUAUGGACUUGAGUUGACAGAUACAUGGUAUAAAAUUCGGGCCAGUAUUGAUCAACCGCUUCAGCGUGCCAUUAUGAGAUCAAAAAUACGGAUUGGAUAUAAAUUAGAAAUAUAUGGGGCCAAAAUUGUAGGGGGAUCCACUGGGUUACCUGCUCUCGAUAUAUCGGGCUCUCCUAUUCGAUUAGACAUUUCUGCAAAUUCUACUAAACUUGCACAUUGGGAUGCAAAAUUAGGAGUUGGACGAUUUCGUUCGUACGCGUUAUUACACAGUCUUUCUCCUGAUGGUGGAUUUAUUCCUGCGAUUGAUGUAGUAGUUCAACGGAAGUACCCACUACUUUUUCGCGAGACAAUGAAGGAUGGAACCGCAAUUAUACGUAAUGCAAAGGGUGAAGAACAUGCUAUGAAGGAACAUGAAGUGAAAUUUAGUGCAUUGAUUGAGUCACUGAUAAGUAAAUUCGAAAAAUCAUAUAAUGAUGAUUUAAAAAAAACAAAUAGAAAACGAUUAUCGAAAGAAGAACUUCAGAGCAUUACAGCUGGUGAUGAACUUUAUGCCCUUAUUCAAAAUAGUGGUGACAUUUCCGAAUUUUCCCAAGAAUUAAGUUCUUUGCAGAUUGAACGACUUCAUGAAUAUAUCCAACGGAGAAAUGAAGAAAAAGCAGUCAAGAUGAGCCAAUGGAUUUCUGAACAAUCUUUGUAUGUAGAAAAUAAACGUACAGUUACGACUUUUUUUAAAAUUCGCGUGUGUGAUUAUCAUCCGUAUUCAUCACCUAUUCAUGGACGUGACGCUAUAAUCACUAUUUGGAAUCCUGAUGAAUUUUUGAUUAAUUAUCUACAGGAAGGACGUCGAUACAAGAUAUACGCAUUAACAGUAGUAAAAAACCAAGGAUAUCCAUUACCGGAAUUGUUACCGAUACGGUUGAUGUCAAUUGGAAGGUCAACUAUUUGGAAAGAAGCUCCAAUAGAAUCGAAUAUUAUUACGUCAUAUAUGCCGCGAACUGUUACACUUUGCAGUGAACUUGAUAGGAUGAAGUACAAUGAUGAAGUCGACAUAGUCGUAACUCCUCUGGUUGUAGGCGAGCCUUAUUUUAGUGACCAAUUCGGAAAACAAAUCCAAUUUCAAAACAUUUUGGCACUUGAUAGUAGUGAACAGAUCGUACAAAUAGAAGUUAAAGAUUCGAUAUCAGUCGGUAUGGGCAAAAUAUCGAAGCCUAAGAAUACUCUCGCUUUUAGCAAUUUGCGAUACCGUAACUAUGACCCGAAGUAUGCGGUUUAUAUUUUAUCGUCAUGUGAUGAAACAGAAAUCAAGAUGUCACCAUGUGAAACGUAUUUAAGACAAGCCAUGGACGAUUUAGAAAAUUGGAUCACGAGUAAUGCUUCAGUUAUUUCCAAAUACGAAGCAAUUGCAAUGGAGCUUUGCAAGUCUCCAUUUGAUAAUGACAUUCCCUAA